AAAGAUCGAGCAACAAGCAAGCUAGGACACCCCCGGCCGGCACGGCAAAGUCGGCAACGAUGGCCAACUCGGGUGCAAGCACCACCACUAGCAAUAAUAAGCGCCGCCUCCUGCUCCUGCUCGUCGCCGGCGCCGUCCUGCUGGCGCCGGCGUCGGCCCGGCGGCGCCCCGUGCGGCUGCGGGUGUACAUGCACGACAUCGUGGGCGGGCCGGGGCAGACGGCGGCGCUGCUGGUGAGGGGCCCCGGGCCGGAGAACCCGUCGAUGCACCCGGGCAACUACUUCGGCGACACGGUGGCGGUGGACGACCUCCUCACCGAGGGCCUCGCCGCGGGCUCCGCCCCCGUCGGCCGCGCGCAGGGCACCUACAUGACGGGGUCCAUGAGCCGCCCCGUGUUCGUGGUGAGCGUGACGCUGCACCUCACCGCGGGGCCCUACAACGGCAGCACGCUCGUGGUGGCCGGCCGCGACGACACCUUGGAGCCGGUCAGGGAGCUCGCCGUCGCCGGCGGGACGGGGGCGCUCCGGCGGGCCCAGGGGCACGUGCUGUGGAGCACGGCCAGGGUGGAGUCGCCGCUGCACGCCGUGCUGGAGCUGGACGUGCACGCGUCCGUGCCCGUGCCGGCGACGACGACCACCAGAGGCACAGCGGCUGCGAUGAUGGCUGCUUCUCAUCUAUCUCAAGUCUGACCGACCUGUAUGAAUGAUCGAGUAGAUUACUCGAUCGAAUUAAGAUAACGAAACUAAUCGGCAACCUUUUACUAUGUAUGAAUGAUUGUUUUUAGUGGUAGUGGGUGUUGAAUUUUUGAUAAAAGUGCAUUUGCCUU